UUACCUUUUUCCUUUGAUUGAAUCAACGGAUAGCAGUUAGAUCCCCAGCAUGAGAGUUCGCGUAUAUGUGUGACAUAGAGAUAUAUGUGUGACAUAGAGAUAUAUGUGUGACAUAGAGAUAUAUGUGUGACAUAGAGAUAUAUGUGUGACAUAGAGAUAUAUGUGUGACAUAGCGAUAUAUGUGUGACAUAGAGAUAUAUGUGUGACAUAGAGAUAUAUGUGUGACAUAGAGAUAUAUGUGUGACAUAGAGAUAUAUGUGUGACAUAGCGAUUAUUUUUAUCUUAGAAACAACCCGCCGAAGUGUUAUCAGCAGAUAAACUAAACACGCUGUGUCAUGUGAUAUCCAUAAAGAGUAAUCAUGUGACUUAAGAUCAAGUAGUUUUGUAAAUAAAGAGUGAUAAAUAUGUGUGUAUUUAUUUUCAUUGUGGUCACUGCGUUAUUUAGCAACUGUCAUUCGGUACAUACAGAUAAAAGACCGAACAUUGUGUUCGUUUUAGCAGACGACUAUGGAUUUCACGACAUUGGCUAUCACGGAAGUGAAAUAAAGACCCCUAACUUGGAUAGACUUGCCGAGGGAGGUGUCAAACUGGAAAACUAUUAUAUCCAGCCAAUAUGUACACCAUCGAGAAGUCAGCUCAUGUCAGGACGAUAUCAGAUUCAUACAGGACUCCAACAUGGCAUUAUCUGGCCACCUCAACCCAACGCUUUGCCGCGAGACAGUCCAACACUAGCCGACAAGCUCAAACAGGCGGGGUAUUCCACACAUGCUGUUGGCAAAUGGCACCUCGGUUUCUACAAAGAAGAAUACCUUCCUACAAGACGUGGCUUUGACUCCUAUUAUGGUUAUCUCACAGGCAGUGAAGACUAUUACACACAUAGGAAGUGUUCCGGUAGACACAGUGACUUGUCCGGGCAGUGGGAGGAUUUUGAUUCUGGAAGACGUUGGUGUGGCUUGGAUUUUCAUGAUAAUGAAAAGCCUGUAUUCAAUGAAUCUGGUGUGUAUUCAGCACAACUGUUUACAGAGAGGGCCAUCAGUAUAGUGAAAAACCACGACCAGACUAAGCCGUUUUUUCUCUAUCUAGCCUACCAGUCAGUACAUGCACCACUCCAGGUGCCAAAGCAAUAUUUGAAGCAGUAUUCCUUUAUCAAAAACCAUAAAAGAAAACUUUAUGCAGGGAUGGUGUCUUGUAUGGAUGAAGGAGUCAGGAACCUAACUGACGCACUGAAAGUUACUGGACAAUGGAACAACACGAUACUGAUCUUUUCAACUGACAAUGGAGGUCAGAUUCAUUCUGGUGGGAACAACUGGCCUCUGCGAGGGUGGAAGGGUUCACUUUGGGAAGGAGGGGUGCAUGGAGUUGGGUUUGUUCAUGGGCCGAUGCUCAGACAGAAGGGUGUUGUCAACAGUGAGAUGAUCCACAUCUCCGACUGGUACCCGACACUGGUUGGACUAGCUGGAGGAAAUCUGAAUGGAACCAAACCAUUGGAUGGCUUUGAUCAAUGGGAAACCAUCAGUCAAGGAAAGCCGAGUCCUCGAAAAGAACUUCUGCACAACAUUGAUAUCCUCUAUCCAAAGGUGGGCAAGCCGAUGUUUACUGACACAUUCGAUACCAGAAUCAGAGCAGCAUUACGAGUUGGAGACUGGAAAAUUAUCACUGGAAAUCCAGGCAACAGCAGCUGGAUUCCGCCCCCCGAUGUUUCCCAGGAUGCCCCACUGAGCCACCCCCGAGUGGAUGAGAAGAAGAAUGUGUGGUUGUUCAACAUCACAGACGACCCGAAUGAACACCGAGAUCUGUCAAACCUCCACCCAAACAUUGUACACACAUUGCUGGAUCAGCUCUUGUCGUACAACAACACAGCAGUACCUCCCCGGUUCCCUCCAUCUGACCCCCGGUGUGAUCCCAAACUGCAUGGAGGGGUCUGGGGACCAUGGGAAUAAUUAGUGAAGGGGUCUGGGGACCGUGGGAAUAAUCAAUGGAGGGGUCUGGGGACCGUGGGAAUAAUCAAUGGAGGGGUCUGGGGACCAUGGGAAUAAUUAGUGAAGGGGUCUGGGGACCGUGGAAAUAAUCAAUGGAGGGGUCUGGGGACCAUGGGAAUAAACAAUGGAGGGGUCUGGGACCAUGGGAAUAAUCAACGGAGGGGUCUGGGGACCAUGGGAAUAAUCAAUGGAGGGGUCUGGGGACCAUGGGAAUAAUCAAUGGAGGGGUCUGGGACCAUGGGAAUAAUCAAUGGAGGGGUCUGGGGACCAUGGGAAAUACUCAAAAGCUAUAUUCUUUUAUUAAAGAGAAUAUCUUGACUGUG